AUGGCCAUCACGAUCAUUCUUGGCUCCCAAUGGGGAGAUGAGGGCAAGGGAAAGCUGACCGAUAUCCUUGCCCCGGAGGCUAAACUCUGCGCUCGCGCUGCUCUUCCACUUGCUUCCUUCCGGACUCAUCAACCCGAAAUGGUAUUAUCAACCCAUUACCUGAAACGCAGCCAGCGAUCGAGCCAAUUGACAUAUAACAGUAUGAACUUCAUCGGCUCCGGAGUAGUCUUUAACGUGCCGCAAUUCUUCAAAGAACUACAAGAUCUAUCGGACAAGGGACUAGAGGCAGUCCACGAUAGAAUUCGUGUGUCUGACCGAGUGCACAUCGACCUACAGCUGCAUAUCGCAGCUGAUGGACUAGAGGAACAGGAGCUCGGAGGUAUCGGACCCUCUUAUAGCUGCAAAGCUGCGCGAAGUGGCAUUAGACUGGCUGAUGUUUUCAACCCCAAGCUGUUCGAGCAGAAACUUCGACGUUUGGCCGACGGCUACCGAAAGCGCUACGGAGAUCUCUUCAAGUACGACGUCGAAGAGGAGCUUGCCCAAUUCGAAGAAUACCGACACAAGUUGCGCAAAUAUUCUGUUGAUGGAGUAUCCUUUAUGAAGUCAGCGCAGAAGAGCAACACUCCCAUUCUGAUCGAGGGAGCGAAUGCCCUCAUGCUCGAUCUUGACUAUGGUUCAUAUCCUCUGACGAAGCAGUACGUAACAUCGUCCAACACUUCGCUCGCCGGUAUUAUCGGCGGACUUACCUUGGAUCCCACGAAGAUCACAGAGAUCAUCGGAGUCGUCAAGGCUUACACGACAAGAGUGGGCUCGGGAGCUUUCAAGACCGAAGACACGGGAGAUCUAACGUGCCAAGGGAACAUCCACUGGUCGCAGACGUCGAUGCGGAUGCUCGAUGUUCUGGACACCUUUGAGACAAUCCGCGUCGCAACAGCCUACAAGAUCGAUGGCAAGGAAAUCGAUUCAUACCCAGCUGAUCUGGAUAUCUUGGAUCAAUGCGAGGUUGUGUACAAGGAUUUCCCAGGAUGGCAAACACCUACGACAAAUGCGAAGUCCUUCGAGGAUCUACCAAAAGAAGCGCGUGCAUACGUUGAGUUCAUUGAGGAAUACGUCGGAGUCAAGGUCAAGUACAUCGGCACCGGCCCUGAUCGCGAGGCAAUGAUCAAGCGCGAUUAG